AUGCAGCAACUAAAAAGAGUCUGGAUCUGCAUUUUCCUUGGAUCCCUACGCGACAUCCGCGCGGAACAGAUCCGGUACUCUGUGCCAGAGGAGCUGGAAAGGGGCUCUGCGGUGGGCAACCUCGCCGAGGACCUGGGACUGGAGCCGGGGAAGCUGACGGAACGCGGAGUCCGCAUCGUCUCCAGAGGUAAGACCCAGCUCUUUGCUCUGAACCCGCGAAGCGGCAGCUUGGUGACAGCAGGGAGGAUCGACAGGGAAGGGCUCUGUGACAAAUCCCCAAAGUGUACCGCAAAUCUAGAGAUUCUCCUGGAGGAUAAAGUGAGGAUUCUUGCUGUAGAAGUGGAAAUUAUCGAUGUUAAUGAUAAUGCUCCCAGCUUUGGAGCACAGCAGAGGGAAAUAAAAGUCGCUGAAAAUGAAAUUCCUGGGACAAGAUUUCCUCUUCCUGAAGCUUUUGAUCCGGAUAUAGGGGUGAACGCCUUGCAAGGUUACCAGCUCAGCUCGAAUGCUCACUUCUCCCUGGACGUGCAAAGUGGGGCCGAUGGGAGUAAGUACCCAGAGCUGGUGCUGGAGAACGCCUUAGAUCGCGAGGAAGAAGCAGUUCAUCACCUGGUUCUCACUGCCUUCGAUGGAGGCGACCCGGUUCGCUCUGGCACAGCCACAAUUCAAAUAACACUGGUGGACACCAAUGACAACGCUCCUGUAUUCACUCAGCCAGAGUACCUCGUUAGUGUGAAGGAGAAUUUGCCUGUAGGCACCCGGCUACUUACCAUAAAAGCCACUGACCCAGAUGAAGGAGCCAACGGAGAAGUGACAUAUUCUUUCCGGAACGUAAGAGACAAAAUAUCCCAGCUCUUCCGGUUGAAUUCUCUGAGUGGUGACAUAACAGUGUUGGGGGAGCUGGAUUAUGAGGACUCCGGAUUCUAUGAUGUUGACGUAGAAGCCCAUGAUGGGCCUGGUCUUCGAGCCAGAAGUAAGGUACUGGUGACAGUUCUGGAUGUAAAUGACAAUGCUCCAGAAGUCACCAUCACCUCCCUCACCAGCUCUGUCCAGGAAGCUUCCUCCCCAGGCACAGUGAUUGCACUUUUCAAUGUGCAUGACAGUGACUCUGGAGAGAAUGGCCUUGUCACUUGCUCUAUUCCAGAUAACCUUCCAUUCAGGCUUGAAAAGACCUAUGGAAAUUAUCAUCGGCUGUUGAUACACAGAACUCUGGACAGGGAAGAAGUCUCUGAAUAUAACAUUACAAUAACUGCCACCGACCAGGGAACUCCACCGCUGUCUACAGAGACUUAUAUCUCACUGCAGGUGGUGGACAUCAAUGACAACCCACCCACCUUCACCCAUGCCUCCUAUGCUGCCUACAUUCCAGAAAACAACCCUAGAGGGGCUUCUAUCUUAUCCAUAACAGCCCAGGACCCAGACAGUGGUGAGAAUGCCCAGGUAAUCUACUCUCUGUCAGAGGACACUAGGCAGGGGGCACCUCUGUCGUCCUACAUCUCCAUCAACUCUAACACUGGGGUCCUGUAUGCACUGCGUUCCUUUGAUUAUGAGCAGUUUCAAGACUUGAAGCUACUAGUGACCGCCAGGGACAGUGGGAAUCCUCCACUUAGUAGCAACGCGUCUCUGAGCUUGUUUGUGCUGGAUCAAAAUGACAAUACUCCUGAGAUCCUGUACCCCACCCUCCCCACUGAUGGCUCCACUGGUGUAGAGCUGACACCUCGUUCUGCAGAGCCUGGAUACCUGGUGACCAAGGUGGUAGCAGUGGACAGAGACUCAGGACAGAACGCCUGUCUCUCCUACCGUCUGCUCAAGGCCAGUGAGCCAGGGCUCUUCUCAGUAGGGCUGCACACAGGCGAGGUGCGCACUACACGGGCCCUGCUGGACAGAGACGCCCUCAAGCAGAGCCUAGCGGUGGCUGUGCAGGACCACGGUCAGCCUCCUCUCUCUGCCACAGUCACGCUCACCAUAGCAGUGUCAGACAACAUUCCAGACAUCCUGGCGGAUCUGGGCAGCAUCAACACUCACACUGACCAGGAAGAUUCAGACCUCACACUGUACCUGGUGGUAGCUGUGGCUGUGGUCUCUUGCGUCUUCUUAGCCUUUGUCAUUGUGCUGAUGAUACACAAGCUCCGUCACUGGCAUGCAACUCGCCUGCUUCGGGCUGCAGGUAAUGGGUUGUCAUCCAUGCCUGCAUCACAUUUUGUGGGCGUGGAUGGUGUACAUGCUUUCCUACAGACCUAUUCUCAUGAGGUCUCCCUCACAGCAGACUCUGGGAAGAGCCACCUGAUCUUCCCACAACCCAAUUAUGCAGACACACUCAUCAGCCAGGAGAGCUGUGGGAAGAGCGAUCCUCUCCUGGUGUCUCAAGACUUGCUUGAAAUAAAAGGAGACUCCAGUCUUCAGGUGAGUGAGCCACUCCCGUAA